AUGAGCUCUAUUCACAUUCACGGAAUCAUGUCAGAGAGGAUCUAUCCGAAAGCCAAGCCAACGGAAGAUGCCGUAGCAUUGUCAUUGAUUGAUGCAACAACGGUGGACUUUUCGGCAACCUCUGCCAUUUGGUUUUGUGAAAAACCUGACAAACAACAAGAUGGGUUCGACUUGUUCGACCACUUUCGUCAAUCGCUCAGACACACUCUGGAUGCUUAUCCACACUUCACUGGCCAGCUGAAGAGCAUCGCAUCUCUUGAUUCCUCUGAAUCGACGGCUGAGACUGCCAACUUUGAAAAACAUGCUCGCCGGUAUGGCCGAGUGUAUGCUCACUACGGCACAUCUUCAGAUCCAGGCGUUGAGUUUAUCACAGCAAAAAGCACGGCCACCUUGGAUACAUUAUGCCCGGCUUCAAGGCCAACAGAACAACCUAUUUAUAACCAACAAAGGGUUUCUGUCGAUGGCCUGAUUCCAUCCGUUAGGAUCGCAAAUGCCGUCCGACCAAAGCCUGCCGAUGUAAAUGGCGCGCUUCUGCCUCUGUUGGCAGUGCAGAUCACUCAAUUGGCCUGUGGGGGAUUCUCGCUGUCAGCCAAAAUGGCACACCCGGUGGCCGACAUCUCCUCUUUGGUACAUUUCAUCAAGGACUGGGCGAGCAUCGGUCGAUGGAUUCUUUCAGGCUCAGCUCCGCCUGUCCCGUUAUUAGAGCCUGUCCUCGAGCCGGAUCUGCUUGACUCCAUGGCCGCUGCAGACAUCAAUGCGGAAGCUCCCGACCCGAAGACCCUGAAACAAGCGGCAACCCUGCCUCUGCAUCGGUACGACUGGUGGAUCUCAACAGCCGAUUGUCCCUGGGAGGCAGUAGUUCCCGAGGCUUACAGAACAAGAGAGAUUCAUCCGAUCGGCUCCCCAAUGCCCUGGUCUGAAUGGGACACGACAUCCCCAGUUUCUCACUACGUGAUUCACUUGACUUCUAAGCAAGUGGAAACGAUAUGGAAAGCCGCUAUCAAAGGAAGUCCACACGAGACUGGUGCCCUUCGAAUCAGCCGCCACGACGUCAUCCUAGCGCAUAUUUGGUCCUGUAUCGCUCGGGCGCGUAACCAACAUGAAGACUCGGAUCCUAUACACUGUGAUCUCACUCUUGGUUUAAGACCCGCGCUUCAUCUUGGGGAGCGCUUUGUCGGCUCACCGAGUAUGAUGGUGGAUAUCGAGAUGACCGGGAGCGAGGUUGCAUCAUCGAAGUUCCCUUCAACUGAACUCAUCCGGACAAUUUCACAGAAGAUUCGCAAAACUAUUAACCAGAUGAUCCGACCAGCUGCUAUUGCUGCGCAUUUGCAUAGCUUGGCCUUUGAGACAUCGCCACAGCGGAUCUGGCAGGCUUUUCUUGGAUCCCGUCACCUCCUUGUUACGAGCUGGGCUCGGGCAGGUGUUUAUGAUGUGAAUUUUGGGUUGAAUGAGUCACCAAGGAUUCGUUUCACCGAAGGAGUGAUAGCGGACUUGGAUGGAUGUGUUCUUAUCAAGGAGGCGCCACCUCCAUAUGGUGUGGACGGCUCGGGAGCGAGCUGGACGGAUAACGGGGUUGAUGUGUCGAUACAUCUCCGUACGGAGGAUAUGGAAAGGUUGAUUGAGGAUCCACUACUUCUUCCGGAAUAA